UUUCCUCCUUGUUGUAACUCCAGCUCUGUAUUCGGCCCUACUCUAAAGAUUCUUAAAACAAGAAUUCCCUUGAUAAUGUAUGAAUAAUAGAGUUGAACCACUCAAUCCACCUAAUCAUAAAUUAUCUCUUUCCUUCCUCGUUCUUUUCUUGCAGAUCCUGAAUACGCGCCAUCGUGUUCUCACUGAAAGAACUUCAGGGUAUUUGAUAAACUUGAUUUCUAAGGACAUGGUCCCAGUCUAUGAAGCUUGUUCUAACCUUAGAUCGCUCUCUGCUCCUCUGGGGAUACUUGUCGUUUUCCCUUUUCUGUGGAUCUUUGUCGGUUGGCAAACACUUGGAGGCGCGGUCUUUUCAGUAGUUCUCAUCGUCUAUCAAACAACUUUGGGAAGCGUUUUCAAAAGACUUCAGGACAAGGUCGCCAGGCUGACGGAUAAGAGACUGCGUCUGAUAUAUGACGUCAUUUCUGGUAUACGUGUGCUAAAAAUGAAUGCUUGGGAAUGGUGCUUUUAUGAUUUGGUCUCCAAAGUUAGGAGCUUAGAACUCAACAUUGUGUACAAGAAAGGAGUUAUUUUAGCUGGUUACCUCUCAGCGUAUUCCUGUUACCCAAUAGUGUCCAGUUUUCUCUUAGAUUUCAACUACAACACUACGGGUAUUCAAACUCCGAUAUAUUUUGCUAUUCAUGCGCCACUUUUCUUUGUCAGUUUGUUACCAUUUUUCUAUCCUAAAGAUUAA